AUGACGUCUUUAUUUCUUUCUCCAGAUAUUCGCUUAAUUUUGUCUUCCAUUUCUCGCUUUUUCUCUCAUUUUUAUUUCUUUCUGUCACUUUUCUCUUUUUUUCUCCCACUCUUUCUCUUUAUAGCCGAUUCAUAUCUCUUCCUUUCUUUAUCUUUUCUUCUGUUUCUCUUAAUUUAUUUCUAUCUUCACCUGUCUGUCUGUUUGUCUCUCUCUCACAAACACACACAUGCCCCCACCUCUCUCUCUCUCUCUACGAUAUUGAAUAACCCAUAUUAUAUAGCCCAAUAUAUAUCUAUCCGUUAUAAUCUUUGUGUUCUUUUAUCAUGGCUUUUCCUAUCUAUUCGCCAUCAUAGUGUUCUUUCUUCCUUCUUUUUGUCAUAUAUUUUUUCUUUUUCUAUUCUUUCUUUCUUUUUUUACGUUCGUUCCCUUCACCAUCUAGUUCUCUUUCUUUCUUUCUUUUUGCUUUCUUUUUGCUUUCUUUCUUUCUUUCUUUUUGCUUUCUUUUUUUGUUUGUUUGUUUCUUUCUUUCUUUUUGCUUUCUUUCUUUCGUUCUUUAUUUUUGCUUUCUUAUUUUUUCUUUCUUAUUUCUUUCUUUCUUUCUUUCUUUCUUUCUUUAUUACUUUCUUUCUUAUUUCUUUCUUUCUUUUCGUCAUCCAAUUCUUUCUUCCUUUUUUGUCAUAUAUUUCUUCUUUUUCUAUUCUUUCUUUCUUUCUUAUCCGUUCGUUCUUAUAUAUUUGA